ACCCACCCACCCACAAAUCCACACAUCCACAAUCUUCCUGUCCACCUGUCCAUCCAUCUCCCCACCCUUCCAUACAUCCACCCCCCCACCCACCCACUCCUCCCUCCCUCCCUCCAUUCCUGGUCUCCCUUUGGUGUCAGUGCCGUAGCAGAGCAGCAGUUCCACCACCCAAGGGUUAAGGGAUCGGCGUUGCCACGGCGUUGGUGGCACUUGGUGGCACUCGCCCUCCUGAGCCCAAUAAAAGCCACCCCUUGGCCUGGUGCAGAGCAGUGCCGUGCAGGGAUCGGUGCCACGAUGCUGCGCGUCCCGGUGCUGCUGCUGCUGGCGGCCCUCACUGCCACCACCCAGGGACAGACCGCGGGCUCCCAGCAGCUGCAGCCGUGGCUGAUCGGUCUCACGGCGGUGGUGGUUUUCCUAUUCGUGGUUUUCGUGCUGCUGUUGGCGGGGCGGCUUUGGCGACUGCGGACGCGCAGAGAACACGAGGACGACUCGGAGAAGCGAUCGACCCACAGCAUGGAGCGUGCAGCCUACAUCAACGCCGCGGCCGAGAGAGACAGCGACGACGAACGGGAGAAGAGCAAAGCCACGUCGCUGUGACACGCGUGGGCUUCCCGGGCCGCUCCGUUCCGCGCCGCGUUUUGCGGAGCUCCGUUCGGCCGGCGGCAAAACCCGGAGCGGAUCGCAGCGGGAUGGAGCGGGGCGGGGGGGGGGCUGUGGGGGUACCCCAUAAAGCUGCCGGCCCGCAGUGUGAGGUGUGGUGUCACGAGUGGGAACAGAGAGCUGGGGGAGGGCGACAGAACGGGGGGGGCACCGGGAGGGGGUCGGAUGUCACGUGGCUGAGGGGUGAUGGUGGGGGGGUGGGGGGGCGGCAGCGCCGCACGUGGGCUCAGAGCUGCAGCCACGCGUGUCCGUGUUUGUGCCCCAUCAAUGUCCGAAUGCGGGCAGCCACACCGCCGGCCCCCGAUCCAUCCCAUAACCCCCCCUCUCCCCCCCGUAUCCUCACGGCACCCACGCGUGUCCACACCCCCACGUGCCCCCCACCUGUGUCCCAUCCUCACGUGUGGGUACCCACGCAGGACAGCCCCCCCGCAUCCCACUGCCCACCCCGACCCCAGCCCUAAUCCUAAAUCCCAACCCCCACCCCGACCCCCUCUGCACCCUGACCCCCCCGCAUCCCUCUGCCCACACCACGCGUGGGGGGCAGCCAGGCCGCACAUCGCCCACUGGUGUCCCCCUCCCCGCCCCCCCCCAGAAGCAGACAC